CUUAGCAUUUAAAGUGAAUUGUAUUCUAUCCAACUGUCAGUUCUGUGGAUGUAUGUUGAAGCAUAUGACACGUCAAGUAAUUGACCGAAGUUCCUUUUGCGUUCUUGUUUUUAACAACACGAAAGGAACCGCAGUGUGUUUAAAAGUGUUAUAUUUUGUUUGUCUCUCCUACAGUUAAAAAUUGAGAGACCGGGAAAAUGCUGUGGACUGUUCUAUGUUUCCUCCUCUUCACCGGCUUCUUUACGGACUGCCUAUCUGCUGGGGAACAAUGCAGAGAGGAACGGAGCAUAAAUGGGAUGGCUCUACAGGGAUUCGUCUUCAAAAAAUUCUCCGUAAGAGCCUUUCACGAGUGUGAUAUCAGGUGUGAACGAGAACUCACCUGUCAAAGCUAUAACUACGUCGUAGGGGAAAAUUCGUGCGAAUUGAAUAACCGCACCAAGGAGGCAAGACCAGAACAAUUCCGCUCAGACCCGGCACGUGUUUACUUACGACGCUUGCGCAACCAGGCUCCUCUGGGUUCCAUCUCGGAGCUUCCAGCACAAUCGUGUCAGGAAAUAAAGGCAAGUGAAGGCAAAGAAACCAUUACCAGCAAGUACUGGCUUGAUCCAACCGGGAAUGGAACGGCAGUUUUGGUGCAUUGCGACAUGAAUUUAGCAGGUUAAUGACAGCCAGUUUUCAUGUCAGUUAAGUAAUGUUUUGAGCAUAACUUGCAUAUUAUUGCUGUUGACUCCUUCUUUGAGUAAAAGAGAUCUAUUCCCAUGGUUUCCCAUUGGUAAUCUCACGCGGUGCACUAUUGAAAAGGAUCCGAGGAGUUUACCGGAUAUUUGCCUGUUUACUGGAGGAGAGAUCAAGACAAGGGGUCUCCGACCAUCUCUCCACCGCUGACCAACCGCUUCUUAAUUAGCGUAGGAGAUAUUUCGCAGACACAAAGUGACUGAGUUGGGCUAUCUGAACCUUGGUUUGUAUAAGUCACUAAUUCCAAACGAUGAGAUUUAAAGAAAAUGUUAUAUCAAUAAUAAGAAUUAUGUGCUGGAUAGUACAUAUGUGAUUAAUGUUUUCCUAAGUUAAUGCCCCACGCCUCAUUUGAUUCAAAGGUACGUAACGCAGUAACGCGAUUGUCCUUUUUAUUGCUUUUUGUUUGUUUGUUUGUGGUUUAGUCUGUGGAGCUGUUGGUGUAGAAGAC